AUGCGAGAAGAAAUGAUUUUAAUAUUUUCACUGAAGAUCAUCUUAGGAUUAUCAAUUUAUAGUUUAUCGUGCAACGAGAAUUGAUGCCCUUCUAAUUGGGUAAUUUUAAUUCAGAGAGGAGAUGGAUCUUGCGACUUAGAAUGCAUGGCACCUUAUUGCAAUUUAGAUUCUUCGACUCCCUAUUCUUCACCUCUCUCAUUUAAAAAUUCUGAUUGCUAUGAAAAUUGCAUUUACAGUCGUGGAUGCCCUGAAGAACUCUUGGGCAAUUCUGUAUGCAAUUCUGAAUGUAAUAAUUUAGAAUGUGGAUUUGAUUUAGGGGAUUGUGGAUACUGCGCACAAGGAUGUAAUUAUAAUUUAGGCUAUGAUUAUAUGCUGGGAAGUCACUGCUAUAAAGAAUGUAAUAAUUCAACUUGUUACUAUGGAGCUGGGAUUUGCAAAGAGUGCAACACUGGGUGCUCCUCAGAUAUGCUCGGAAAUAAUAAGUGUGAUCCUGCAUGCAGGACAGCAAGCUGCAAUUAUGAUUUCGGAGACUGUUCUACUUCUGAUUGCUCCGAUGGUUGCUUUUUAUGAAUGAUUGAAGACGGAAUCUGCCAGUCAGAGUGCCAUAACCAAAAUUGCAAUUGAGAUGGCACUGAUUGCGACUGUUCUCCAGGUUGUACAGAAGAUUUAUUAAAAAAUACUGUGUGCGAUUCUUUAUGCAAUAACUCUGCAUGCCUGUUUGACAAUAUGCUUUGUGGGUACUGCGCAAGUCUGUGCUAUAAAAAUAUGAUUGGAAAUGGAAUUUGCAAUCAAGAAUGCUAUAAUAAGGCCUGCAGCUGAGAUGUGAAGGACUGCCAAUGCGCAGAGACCUGCUAUCAUACAGAAUGAGGCAAAUGUUCUGAGGGUUGCAUGGUGCCUGAAUGCUCAUAUGACCAAUGCAGCUCCGAUCCAUCAAAGAGAUGCACUAAUAAAGAAGAGAUACUGCUAUAUGCGCAUUUGCGCUUAAUUAAUAAUGACUUAAAAACUGUUCCAAGCUUAAAUCAUUGUAAGGAAAAAACAAAGUGCAAUACGACCAGUCUGCUGGACUCUUCUGCUUGCAUGGCUGAAUGUGAUAAUGAAUACUGUGCUUAUUCGUGAAUAAAUUGUGACCCAGAACGAAGCUAUCAGUGUUCUGACUCCAAUUGUUUGAAAUGUUAUAAUAAGGAUCCUGGAGGGUGCUUUCAGUGUGACUAUUCAAAAACUCAUCAGUUUUUUGGUUACUGUUUAGAGAGCUGCCCUUCUGGAUUUACUUCUCUUAAUCUUUUUGAUGAGCUUGAUAUGUGCAUACCUGCUGAAGAUAAAUCAAAUAUGGGCUCUCCUGCUGAGUAUUAUGUGACUUCGAUACAGACUGAUGAUCCAAUCGGAGGUCUUGGGACUUAUGAGUCUCCCUUCCAAUCUUUAGCGCUUGCUUUAGCAACAAUAAACACCAAGGAUUCAAUUGUAUAUCUUUUAAAUGAUGGAGUCCAUUAUCUCACUCAACUCAAUCAGAGCUAUCCUAUUUAUGUCACAACAGAAGAUCCAACAAAGCCGUUUAACUCUCAGCUUCAACGAGAAAUACUAACAAUUACAACUCUUAACGAUGAUUAUGUAUAUCUCAAGCCAAAAAUUGAUUGAUCGAUUCUUACGAUAGCUAUGAAUAAUACUAAUUAUCUUGACAUAAGCAAUGUAAUCUUUGAUGGGAAUGAAUGGGUUCAUGGAAACAAUGGCUGCUUAGAUAAUGCAUGCUCUUAUUGUCCAACUGUAACCUUGCAGUACGACGGAACUUAUAAAGACGAUCGAAAUAGCCCAAUCUCAGAUUUCACAAAUUCAACCUACUGCAGCGAUUUCCAUAGCUGAAAUUUAUUUGAAAUUCUUCCUGGGACACAGCUGUUUUUAGAAAAUGUAGCAUUUAUCAAUUGAAGGCUGGAAGAGGCUUGGUCAAACCUGGCUGGCUCUAUCAGGCUCUAUGGCUCUAUCUGGCAGUAAGGCUCUACCGGCAGUCUGGCAGUCCGGCUAUCGGCUCUACCAGGGUCUACUGGGUCUACUGGAAGUCUGGCAGUAUGGCACUACUGGCUCUACCUGGGUCUAUAUGGCAGUCUACUCUACCGGCUCUACUGGCUCUACCUGAGUCUAUAUGGCAGUCUGGCUCUACCGGCUCUACUGGCUCUACUGGAUCUAUAUGGCAGUCUGGCUCUACCUGGCAGUUUGGCAGUCUGGCAGCCUGGCUCUACCUGGGUCUACUGGCUCUACCAGGGUCUACUGGCUCUACUCAUUAAAUUCCAAUCAUGUUUAUAAUUUAGAUAUCUUUUAUAAAUAAGGAAGGCCAUUUGCUCAGAUAAAAAUAAGGUGCAGCCAGCUAGGACUCUUUACUAAUUGCAAAUAUUAUUAUGUUAAAAUUAAAAAAUCAGUUCUGCUAUAAUUUUUUUUAUAACUAUAGAUAAAUCAUAAAACAAUUCUAAUAUAAAAAUUUUAACUCUUAUGACUGAAUCUUAUUAUCUUAUUCGAUAGACGGGUUCAUGCCCUUAAUUUUAACGCAAUCAUCAAGGAUCCCUUGGGGGAUUCACCCGCUUUGCGACCUUCCUUCCUUCCAGUCUCCUCCUUGCCUCUUGUAAUAGGCUCCAGUGUUGAGUGGGCAGGCUACGGGUUUGUGCGGCCUCCUGAGGCUGUGGAAUACGAGGUUGGCAUUCCGAAAUCCCAAAAAAUGGAAUUUCUGGUAGCCUGUCGGCAAAAGGGUUAAAUCCAGAUCUUGGGGCGUAACGCCCAGUUUCACACUAGGAGUUGCCCGAUUGGUCUAGGAAUUAUCUGUAAACCUUGCUGGGCUUGCCCUUUCCAAAUCUGAACCUCCUUUCCUCCGAGGUAAAAACCAGUCUCGAAGUUGGACUUGGGCUAGCUCUGCCUCCUGCAGAAUUGGUUAACUAGCAUUGCCGUCCAUGGGUUUGUGCGACCUCCUGAGGCUGAGAGAAUACGAAAUUGGCAUUCCGAAAUCCCAAAAAAUGGAAUUUCUGGUAGCCUGUCGGCAAAAGGGUGAAGUCCAGAUCUUGGGACUUAACGCUCAGUUUCACGCUAGGCAGUUGCCCGAUUGGUCUAGGUAUUACUUGUAGACCUUGCUGGGUUGCUCUUUCCAAAUCUGAACCCUCCUUUCCUUCGAGGUAAAAACCAGUCUCGAAGUUGGACUUGGGCUAGUCUCUGCCUCCUGCAGAAUUGAUUACCAUAGCAUUACUGUCCUUUUCAAGGCUAGAAAAACCUUGCCAGAUAUAAUUAAAAUAUGAGUCGAGGAUGUAUGGCCGUGAGGCCAUAUCUAGACGAAGAAGCCAUAUUUUAAUUAUGAUUUCACUGUUUUCAGUCUAUUGCUAAUAAAUAUCUUUAAAAUUUUGAUUUAAAAUGAUUCUGUAGUAAAUAAUAUUUUAUUUUUGGUAGAGCCUUACUGCCAGGUAGAGCCAGUAGACCCAGGUAGUCCCAGACUGCCGGACUGCCAGACUGCCAGAUAGAGCCAGACUGCCAGGUAGAGCCAGUAGGCCCAGAUAGAUCCGGACUGCCAGACUGCCAGGCUGCCAGGUAGAGCCAUACUGCCAGGUAGAGCCGGUAGAGCUAGUGGAACCUGACUGCCAGACUGCCAGGCUGCCAGGCAGACCCAGACUUCCAGACUGCCAGACUGCCAGUAGAGCCAUAGAGACAGACUGCCAGGUAGAGCCGGUAGAGCCAGUAGAGCCGAACUGCCAGACAGCCAGACUGCCAUAUAGAGCCAGUAGAGCCUUACUGCUUGAUAGAGCCAGUAGAGUCAGAUAGAGCUAGCCAGGUUUGACCAGAGGCUUCUCUAAUUUUUAAUGUUGGAGGAGACCUCAUUUUUAGCAAUGUCACGUUUGAUAAUAUUAGAACAGCUCCCAACCAAGAAUCAUCAGUUAUAAUUUAUAGAAAUUGCGGAAACAAGUAUUAUGAUUGCGGAGAUUUGGUGAUUGAAGGAGGCAAAGUGUCAAGGCUUAAUAACGGGUUUGAGUAUUCCAAAGAUCUCAUUUUCAGAGGGUUUUUGCUAGCUUAUAAGAUUGGAAAUAUUGAAUUGCAUGAUAUCGAAUUCACUGAAAACGCAGUUUAUGCCCCAGAAACCAAUGUUAGUGUGUCUUCACUCAUUUAUUUACCCCUUCAUGAUCAACAAUUUUUUUUCUCAGAAGGGAGUUUGUUGUUUUUAUAUAUAAAAGUAUCCGAGUUUUCAAUAGUAUGAAAUUAAAAAUAUAGACUUGUUAGUAAAUUUUAUACUUUAAAAUGCGGGUGGUUUAAAUUUAAAUAGAAUGUGCUAGAGGUUUUAUUUUCUAAUUAUUACUAUUUAUCAAAAUAUCUUAUGAAUAGUGCUUUGCUCUUAUCGGAGGGAAAAAUUAGAAAUUUUUAGAAGAAUUGAUAUUCAUAACUGCAACUUUACUUAAUCUUCACCUCUUAAAAAUCUUGCUCGCUCACGCAUUGGCUUUGACUUAUUUUAUAUAUAUUUUAUGUUUAAGUUGCCUUAAUUAAAAAAAAUAAAUAAUUUAGCUUCCGUUUAGAAUGCAAGCUGUAUAGAUUGAAUAAAAUUAAUAAAGAUUUGCAUUAUAUAAAUAUCACAAAUAUAUCAAUAUAUGUUUUUUAUAAAAUAUUUUUUGCAACAAUUUUUUGAUAUCUAACGGAAUAGAUUUCCCGAAAAAAAUAGAGGUUUUUAAAUGGUUUUGUAAAUUACGGAGGGAGAGAUAUAAUUAUGUAAAAGAUGGGCUAAUAUAUGCAAUGCCGACAAAUUUAUUAUUAAAGUCAGAUGUUAAUUCAGAAAAUGAAAUUGAGGAUUACUUGAUAAAUCAUAUAUCAAUCACGAACAGCAUCUUUAAAAACAAUUAUGCAGUAUCAGCAGGUAUUCUAUGAGUGAGCUAUCAAAUUGAAUUGCAAAAUAUAUACUUUGGGUCAGUAGAUAUUGAGAAUAAUGCAGUUGAAAGCGGUCCUAUUAUUUUUAUUUAUAAUGCCAUUGUUCGAGAUUCUUAUAUUCACGGUGUGACAUCUAUCAUAACUACAUCUAAGGGCAAAAGAUUGUCUGCAUAUCAAAGGUAUCGGACAUUCCACUGAGCAUACGUCAACUUCAUUAAUAAUUUUUCAGGAGGUUCUGGAAUGUUUGAAAUUACCAAGCUUGUCAAUAUGCGGUUUGAGAAUGUCACAAUGAAUUCAAAUGGAAGUUCUGAUUUAAAAAAUGAAGAUAUUAAUACUAUUCUUUUCAGCUAUUGAUUGAAUGAUAGCAGCAUAUACCUAAAGCAAUACAUUCCUGCAAGCACUUUUGAUUGCACAUCAUUGGCUUACCUCGAUACUGCGACAAACAUCAGCAUAAUCAAUUCUCAUUUAGAAAAUAACUACUGCAAGGAUUCUCUUCCCACAAUUUGCAUAUAUUCUACCAAUAUUAUAUUUAUCAAUGCAACAGUAUUCGAUGGUAACUAUGGUGCAUCGACUGUCUACCCAACUAUUUUACUAAUUGAUGGAGGAAAUGAGACUUCAAUUGAUUAUUCAGAUUUUAUGAACAAUAGAAAUAACGAAUUAGAAUUGGGAUAUGGAUCCAUCUAUAUAAAGGGUGUUAAUCAUUCUGUUUCAAUGUUCAAAACAAACUUUGAAAAUAACUAUGCAGUUAAUGGAGCAGUUGUAUUUAGCGGAAGAACCAUUAAAAUUUGUCAGUGCGAUUUUACAUCCAAUCAAUCUCCAACAGAUGGGGCAGGCAUAUAUAUUUCACAUGCUUUUCAUGGCACAAUGAAUAUAAGUAUUAGUGAAUGCACAUUUACUCAAAAUGAGGCAAACUUGGGAUCUGGAGGGGCGAUUUUUCUAAAGAACACUGGAGUUUCUUCUAAUCUUAUAUCCUUCUCUCUUGCAGAAUCCAAUUUUACUAAAAACAAUGCAAAUUAUGGAUCAGGACUAUAUAUUUCCAGUGACGUGAAAUUGUAUGGGUAUGCAAAAGUUGUACAGUGCGAAUUUAUUGAGAACUAUGUCCAUAAUUCAGGAGUAGUAGCUGUCUUGUUUAGAGCCGGGGUUUUGGAAAUGUCUCAAUGCACUUUUAGUUUAAAUGUUGGGAGACUAGGCUCUGCAAUUUAUGCAGAGCAUGCUGAUGAUUCAGUUUUAACUGCUUCAAAAGUUCUUAUUGAUAGCUCUAACUUUAAAGAAAAUACAGGCAAGGCGGUGAUUUUCCUAUCAAACUCGGAUGUCUUUUCUUAUAUCAAAACAAGCUAUUGCAACUUCACUUCAAAUAGUGGUGUAGCUAUCCAUUUAGAUUAUGAUCAGUGAUUUGAUCAAAACUCAACUUUUAAACUGAAUGUAGGAAUAGAGGGCGGAGGAUUGAAAAUGCUAGAUGGCUCCUCAGCAAGCUGUGAAAACACUUCAUUCAUCGAAAACGUAUCUGGUGGCAACGGAGGGGGGGUAUCAUUAGGUUCAAAGUCACAAUUCAGCUGUGCUUCCUGCUAUUUUAUAAACAACCAGGCAAAUUUUUCUGGAGGUGCAAUAUACAAUGAACAGAGCUCUGUACUCAAUAUUUCCUAUACAGUUUUUCAUAAAAAUCAAAGCGGUGAUCAAGGGUCAGCAGUUUAUUUGUUGGGCUCUACAUCGCCAACUUCAAAUAUCUCUCACUGCGGUUUUAUAGAAAACUACUCAAGCAAUCAAGCUGCUGUCGCUUUGCUGGAUUCAUCAAUCUUUAUUAAUCUAUACUCGUUUAAAGUCCAUUACUAAGCUGCUCGACUACAGCUUCCUCCAACACUACUCUGGGACGAAUUUCUCACCAUUUUCCUCGGGCCCGCCAAAGGCGUGGCCACUUCUGACUUUGAUUACUAUCAAUCUUGAAGUUUGGGCUCCUACGACUCUUCUUUGAGCUUAGGCAUCUACUUGAGUCCGUUAGGCACCCUAAAGUUCCCAGUCCCACCGCCUGGAGUAUAUGGCGCCCUUCUGAAAAUUUCGAUUCCUUAAGGUCAGGAGUCCGGUAGUAAAAGUGGCUCCAUGUUAAAUGACAGCGGAUUUUUGACAGUGUAAAUUUCAUCGAAAAUCAUUUGGUCGAAAAUUUUUAAUAGUGACAUUUGGCCGAAAAUUAACGGUUUUUUUCGGUCAAAUGUCUCACUAUCAAAAAGUUUCAACCAAUUUUCGGCAAAAAUAUUUCGGUGAAAUGGGCACUAUCAACAAGGCAAUGCCAUUGGGCCUGCACCCAGUAAAAAUCGCCCAGCCCUUGCUUCCCUGACAUAACUGAGAUAAAUUCACCAGGGGGAAACCAAACCUUAUAAUUAAAAUAUGCAAGUGAGAAAUUUUCGGUGGGAGACCAGAAAAUUCGAACGACGCCAUAUUUUAAUUAUGCUGGAUUCAUCAAUCAGCAUUGGGUUUUCUGCCUUUUCUCGCAACCUUGCGAAUUCAAUCACUCCUGGAAUUCUUUUGACUCUGUCUAAUGCAACAAUACAUUCCUCUACGUUUUUCAACCAAACUGGCCAGCAAGGGAGUUUCAUCUACGCUACAACACAGAGCUUGGCUGACAUUUAUAAUUCUACCUUUGAGAACGGCACAAGCACAAGCUCAGCCGGAGCAAUUUUUUCGAUUUCAAGCACUGUUUUGAUCAAUAAGAGCAAGUUCGAAAAUAAUGCUGCAAGCGGAGGUGGAGGAGGAGUAAUUUUAUCAUAUUCCAGCAGCGUCUUGCAUGUUAAUGAUAGUUCAUUUGUGAAUUCCUACUGCACAGAUAGAGGAGGGAUCAUAACUGCAUAUGAAGGAGAUUUGACAUUACAAAAUACUAGCUGUGAAAACUAUAAGGACGGAGCAAUUGCUGCAGAUAAAAUGCACUCACUCCCUCCCUUUAAAUUGGAACAAAAAUCGGUAAAAUUUACUAUUCUGGGUACCUUAACCCCUUUAAAUUGGAAGGAUUUUUUUCCAAUUUAAAUAGGGAGUUAGUAUAUCUUAAAAACUCAAAAUUUUAUAAGGGAGUAGGCACACUUGGAGGAGCCUUAUUUUGCACAUCAUGCAACAUCAUCGAAAUUUCUGAUUCUGAAUUUUCUGAAAAUCAUGCAUAUACUGGAGGAGCUUUAUAUUUAUACACAACCGGCGAUAAUAAAAUUUCGAAACCAUAUAUCAUAAGCAAAUCUAUUUUCACAGAAAAUAAAUCAGCACUGGGUGGUGGGAUUUAUACCGAUAAUAUAAGUCUAAAUGUAUCUUCAUCUGCGUUCAGCCAGAAUAGGGCAGAGUCAGAUACUUCUGUCACAAGCUCGAUUCCCACAUUGGGUAAUGGAGGAGCAAUAAACUUGGCUUGCUCGGAUUUGGCAAGCUGUGCAUUCAACAUAACAGAUUGUAAUUUCACUGAAAACUUUGCUACAUCAAAUGGUGGGGCAAUAAAUUGGGAAGACUGCAUGCCUUUUGUAGAAGGCAAUGAUUUCUCGAACAACGAGGCUCAAUAUGCACCAGAAAUAUCAUCAUACGCAGUACAACUCACAGCCCUUGAUAAAUGGGGCAAUGCUACAGAUUCUAAUAGAGUCUUAGCUCCCUUUUAAGAAUGAGACAAAAUUAUUAUGAAAAUCCCUAUUUUUGAGGAAAGUUAAAUGCAAGCAAAAAUAUUUUUGAUAUAUAAUUAAUAAAUAUUAUAAAUUAAUUAAUCUCUUUUUUCAAAUAUUUACAAUUGAGAUAUUUUACAAAUUUUAUAUAAUUAAUUAUCAAAUAUUUAUCCAUUUUAAAAUCUAGCAAAAAUCUUGAUAACUCUUAAAUAGGAGUAAGUGAUAUAGUUCUUAAAGAUGUAGCAUCAGGGCAAAUAGUAGUCCAAAGUCUAAUUCUGGCGCUAGUUGAUUAUUUUAAAAAUACGAUCACAACCGAUAAUAUAAGCACUGCAGAGCUAUCGACUGAAAAGUCAGUUACAACAGCACUUUCCGGCACAACUAAAGUUACAGCUUCAAAAGGUGUAUUUUACUUCUCUGAGUUUAUUAUAUCAGCAGAGCCUGGAUCAGAAGUUUCUAUCAAAGUUGCUACUAAUGGAAUUGACGAGUCCAACUCCAAAAAACUUUCCCCAGAUAUCGAGUUCAUCACAAGUCUUGAAAUUAAUGUCGCAUUAAGAGAAUGCGUAAUAGGGGAGGCAACUGUGGGAGUCACUUGUAAAGUGUGUGAAGCAAACUAUUAUAGUUUAAACCCGAAUAACACCCAAUGUUUGCCUUGUCCUUCCUCGGCAAUUUGCUAUGGAAAUUAUACAAUGGUUCCAACAUCAGGACACUGAAGAUCAAAUAAUAUGUCGAUCAAAUUCUGGGAAUGCCCAUUAAGCUCAGCUUGCAUUGGCUCCCCGUCGCCUCCUAAUGUUUCAUUAACGGGGCUCUGUGACACUGGAUACGAAGGCAAUAUGUGCCAAGGAUGCUCAGAAGGCUAUUCACGAGUAGGAAAAAAUUCAUGUGGAAAAUGCCCUGAUGAUGUUGCUAAUUCUUUUCGAGUUAUUUUUAGUUUAAAAGUUAAAACGAUUAUGCUGACCAUAAGAGGAUAAGCAACGAGUCGCCGCCACAUUGGCUCUAAGGUUGCCUUUUGGAUUUUCCACCUGAACCACCUGGCCAGAGGAUAAGCUCCUUUCAGGAUCUCCGUUUGUAGAGUGCUCCGAUGGUGCCGAUGAGUGAAAACAGCGUGCCAGGCAAAAUCUGCCUCGCCCAUCUGGCAGGGACAGAAAAACCUUCGGGAUAGAAACAAAAAAACCCUGCUUCGGUAGACUUCUAAUUGAAAUAUUUUAUUUAGCUCUCGAAGAGCUCGCUUUCGCUAGCAAUCUCUCUGGUCCAUCUCUCCAUAAAAAGGUGUCGCCUCGGGCUCUUAUUUCUGUCAACUUCACCAUUUAUUUCUUGUUGAGUUAUAGGAAUGUUUAUCCUCAUGGUCAUUGUAGCAGGAAUUAUGGUUAGAACGACCCAGAAAAGUGCAUACGUGCCCAAAUCCAUGCAAUCAAUAUAUAUAAAAAUUUUCGUAAAUUAUCUCCAAUUGGUGAUGCUUAUGAGCACAUUUGAUUUGUCAUGACCAAGCACUGUACUUGAAAUUUUUGCAGUACAAAAUAACGCCGGAUCAAUAAGCGAUCAAAUUUUUUCCUUUGAUUGCUUCCUAGACUCAGGAAAUGGGCAAAAUGAUAUCUAUUUUAAAAAGCUGGUAAUUAUGGCAGCUGUACCAAUUUUUAUUGGAUUUUGCUCAUUAUUAUUUUGAUCACUGAUAGCUUUGCAUAGGCAUGAUAGGAGCUCUUUUAAGAACAAUUUAGUAUCAACAAUAGUAAUCUUAUUGUUUCUUUUUCACCCAAAUUUAGUCAAAACCAUGUUUUCUGUAUUCAGCUGUAGGGAAAUAGACAGUGGAGAAUAUUGGCUUGUUGACAAUCUAAAUAUAAGAUGCUGGGACGAGAGACACAUUUUUUACUCUAUCCUUGUAGCUAUACCUGCAAUUAUAAUUUGGGGCAUAGGAAUCCCUACCGUUUCUUUAUUCUUUUUAUACAAAAAUCGAAAGCAUCUGGAUUCUAUUAAUGUUAGGCUCCGAUUUGGAUUUUUAUUUAAUGGGUAUAAAUCGAGAAGCUAUUUCUGAGAAUUUAUUAUACUAUAUCGGAAAAUUCUUAUUGUCUGCUGUUCAGUGUUCUUGGCAAACGUUUCCACCAAUGUUCAAGCUCUUACAGUAAUGGGAUUAAUACUUUUCUGCAUCUACAUCCAUAAUAAAAGCAAGCCUUACAAUGGUGAAAUUCUGAAUAAAAUGGAAGCGAGAUCACUCUUAGUUGCUGGGAUAACUAUUUAUUGCGGCCUUUAUUAUCUGACAAAUGAUUUAGACUCUCCUUCAAAGUUAUUCUUUUUCUUUAUUAUCUUAGGAGCUAACAUAUACUUCCUCUACUACUGGCUAAAUAAGAUGUUUGGAGUUGGCUUGGAAGUUUUGAGCCAAGUAAUCCCAUACUUUAAAAGGAAAUGCUCAAAAAAAGUGAUGGAUGGAUUUGAUGAUGGACUCUUUGGAGAAUCGGAAUUGAAACAUGUACGAAUUAGAGAGGGCGAAAAAAUAUUUUCUAUUGUCCCUGGAGAAGCUAUGCUGCCUAGUCAUGCAGUUGAGCCUGAGUUGGUAGAUUUACUUAAUAUGAAUAUAAAAGAAUUAUUUUUGCAAAAAGCCAAAGAAAACAUUGAAAAAUCGAAUGUACGAAAAAUAUCAUUUUAUAGUGAUGAAAUGCAGCAAAACACAGGAAAUAUAUCUGAAUCUGACACAUUCACAAGGUAA